AUGGGAGAAGAAAAAGAGAUGAAAGUGGUUGAAGGUUUAGAUCUUGAAAGGUAUAUGGGAAGAUGGUACGAGAUAGCUUCUUUUCCAUCAAGGAAUCAGCCAAAGGAUGGAUCCAACACACGAGCAACAUACAAACUCAACAGUGAUGGAACUGUUGAUGUUCUUAACGAGACUUGGAGUGGUGGCAAAAGAGGUAAUUAUUGGGUUUUGGCUAUUGCUCAUGAUUAUCAUUAUGCUUUGAUUGGUGAACCAACCAAGAAAUCCCUUUGGAUAUUAUGUAGGGAGACUCGUUUAGAUGAUGAUAUCUAUAAUGAACUGGUUGAAAAGGCAAAGGAAGAGGGAUAUGAUGUCACCAAACUCCGCAAAACACCUCAUACUGAUACACCGCCGGAGGAAGAAGGCCCCCAAGACAACAAAGGCAUUUGGUGGUUUAAAUCCAUUUUUGGAAAAUAG